AUGCUGACAGAUGAACCAGAGGUUAUAUUUAGCAGUAAUGGAUAUGUUGAAUACCAAAAAGGGAACAUGCCUUUAAUUGUUUGUAUACCACAUGGAGGACGUCAGCGUCCACCAGAAGUACUAAAUCGUGAAAAUUCCUCAAAAACAAUUACAAAAAAUGAUCUUUAUAUUCAAGAAAUUGGAAAAGAUCUAAAAAAGGAAAUUAUAAAACUUAAAAGUCAACCUUAUUUAAUAGUAAAUCACUUGCAUAGAAGCAAACUUGAUGUUAACUGCAAAUUAGAAGAAGGAUCUUCUGCUCCUGAAACUAAAAAAGCUUGGGAAGAGUAUCAUAAUUUUAUAUCCUGA